UGGGAGGUUGGGGCGGAGGACGGGGGUAGGGGCCGCUGCUUUAUCUUCCUCCGCAGCGGGGCUGGCGGCGUUGCGGGCCGGCGUGAGCACAUCCCGACGUGGCGACCUUCCCGCGGCCGCCCAACCUACCGCCUGGACCGCCGCCGCUGCCCUCCGGCCGCAGGCAGCUCGACGGUGGGAGAAGAGAAGAUGUCGCUGAGAAAACGACUGGCAAAAUCUGGUGAAAAUCCCGAGGAAGAUGAAGCCCAGAGAAACAUCUUGGACACACAGAGAAAUGGUCACAUUACCAUGAAACAGUUGAUAGCCAAGAAGAGGCAGUUGGCAGCAGAGGCGGAGGAACUGAAGCCGCUGUUUCUGAAGGAAGUUGGUUGUCACUUUGAUGACUUUGUGACCAACCUCAUUGAAAAGUCUGCAUCUCUGGAUAGUGGUGGGUGUGCUCUCACAACCUUCUCCAUUCUUGAAGAAAUGAAAAGCAACCACAGAGCCAAAGAUCUCAGAGCACCUCCAGAACAAGGGAAGAUUUUUAUUACAAGGCGGUCUCUUUUAGAUGAGCUGUUUGAAGUGGACCACAUCAGAACAAUCUAUCACAUGUUCAUCGCGCUCCUCAUCCUCUUUAUCCUCAGCACACUCGUAGUAGACUAUAUUGAUGAAGGAAGGCUGGUGCUUGAGUUCAAUCUGCUGGCCUAUGCUUUUGGCCAGCUUCCUACUGUUAUCUGGACAUGGUGGGUCAUGUUCCUGUCUACACUCUCAAUCCCCUAUUUCCUGUUCCAGCGUUGGGCCCAUGGCUACAGCAAGAGUUCUUACCCACUGAUACAUUCCCUUCUCCACGGCUUUUUCUUCUUAGUCUUUCAGCUUGGAAUUUUAGGUUUCAUACCAACGUACAUUGUGUUAGUGUACACACUGCCGCCGGCCUCCAGGUUCAUUGUCAUACUGGAACAGAUUCGUUUGGUAAUGAAGGCUCACUCGUUUGUCAGAGAGAAUGUGCCAAGAGUACUAAAUGCAGCCAAGGAAAAAUCAAGCACAGUUCCAGUACCCACAGUCAACCAGUACCUGUACUUCCUGUUUGCUCCUACACUUAUUUACCGAGACAGCUAUCCGAGGACUCCCACUGUACGAUGGGGUUACGUUGCUACACAGUUUUUGCAGGUUUUCGGCUGCCUGUUUUAUGUGUACUACAUCUUUGAGAGACUCUGUACCCCGCUGUUCCGGAAUAUCAAACAGGAGCCUUUCAGUGCUCGGGUUCUGGUCCUCUGUGUAUUUAACUCCAUCUUGCCAGGUGUGCUGAUGCUGUUCCUUUCAUUUUUUGCCUUCUUGCACUGUUGGCUCAAUGCCUUCGCUGAGAUGUUACGCUUUGGGGACAGGAUGUUUUAUAAGGACUGGUGGAACUCUACGUCCUACUCCAACUACUACAGGACCUGGAAUGUGGUGGUUCAUGACUGGCUCUACUACUAUGCUUACAAGGACCUCCUCUGGUUUUUCACGAAGAGGUUCAAAUCUGCUGCCAUGUUGGCUGUCUUUGCCAUCUCAGCUGUGGUGCAUGAAUACGCCCUCGCUGUCUGCUUCAGCUAUUUCUACCCAGUUCUCUUUGUGCUCUUCAUGUUCUUUGGAAUGGCUUUUAACUUCAUUGUCAAUGACAGUCGGAAAAGGCCAAUCUGGAACAUUAUGGUAUGGGCUUCUCUUUUCCUGGGCCAAGGAGUCAUCGUGUGCUUUUACUCGCAAGAAUGGUAUGCUCGUCAGCACUGUCCUCUGAAGAACCCUACAUUUCUGGAUUAUGUCCGGCCACGGUCCUGGACUUGUCGGUAUGUGUUUUAAAAGCCCCGGCUCUCCCUCCUUUCUUGUCACUGAAGAUUGGAUAUUCUUCCUGACUCUGAGCCAGCAGUCUUCAGCAAAUACUGGAUAUAUCUAUGCCACGUUGUUUGGACACUCUGACCUUUCCAGAUGGCUCACCUGAAGCUGGGCUCUGGGAAAUUAACUUAAUGCUAUUCUUGUUUUGUUUCCUAUUGGGGAAAAAGGAGACCAAUAACUGAGGUAAUGGCAGAUUCUUGUGGGGUUAUCUCAGCUCAGGCCUUGGUAGUUUUAUCUGUUUAUUUCCUUGAUUCUAUCCAACUAGAGACUAAACAUAUCUUGGCCAUGAAUUAGCCAAAACACUAGGAAGAAAUCAUUUCAGUACCUCUGGCUUAUAAGUUUUUCAUGUACACUCUUAGGAAGUAUGCUAGUUAACUGUGCAAUUGGGGAGAAAAAUAUAUCUGUUAUUUAUGGUAGAAAGAGAAAAUACCUAUUUUUCAAAGAUAAUCUUGUUAUGCAUUCUGCUCAUAUCUUUUUUUGCUAUUCUGUUUUGCUUUGCUUGUAGCUGGGAAUGGAACCCAGGGCCUUGCUCACUGGCAACACACUGAGCCACACCCCAGCACCUACAGUUGUAUUUUUGAAAAUUCUGGUCUAUUCUUCCCCCCCCCCCCCGUAUUCUGUAUAAGUUGUGAUUUGUUUGAAACAAUUAGCAUUCUUUCAGCUUGAACUCAACACUAGUGCAAAUUCAAAGGUCAAAAGUUUCCUUUUGAAACUUCAAAAAUCAUUUUAAAACAGAUUCACUUAGCUGGUCAUGUAUUUUAGUUAUUUUCUCAUCGCAGUUCUAUGGAAGAUUUUAUUAUUGUUGGUUUUGUUUUUUUAGAGGCAGGGUCUUGCUAUGUAGCCCAGACUAUAUAGCUCAGGCUGGUCUUGAACUUUCUGUGUUGCCUGGCUGGCCUUGAAUCCCUGACCUCUUGCCUUGGCCUCCCAAGAUCACAAAAGACAUCACCAUGCCUGGCCAAGAUUUUUGUUUUAAAAACUCUUUUGUUAUAACUUCUUUGAAGUUACUUAGAGAUAUCCUUUGGUACAGUUGCCUUAUUGUUUAACAAGUAGUGACUUUCCUUGUUGUAGACUAGUGAGUCCAUAAUGGAAGUGUUAAUCUCUCUACUAAUAAUACUGAAAUGGCUACUAAGGAUCCAGAAGCUGGCUUCUGGAGCAUCUUCUCAGUCAUUAUACUUUAACAGUAUUUUUAAAAUGAAAUAAAUUACUGUGUGAUCAUUUGUAA